AUGUCAGAACUGUCUACAAUCUUUGACGCUGCCACAACAUGUCGUGACGUCUUUAGGACGGCCACGACAGUCCUACGGCUAAUGAGACAAGAAUGGGCUGAGAAUAGGCUGGCGGAUUUUAAUAUCUGGUCUACUGGCGCCGGUGCUUCUGCCACAGGGAAAGCCUCGCUGGAUCAUCGACUACGCGACAACCACCCGCAAGCCCACUCUAUCCUGGUCAAUCUGUUGUUGAUGUUGAGGAUUCUGGUGCAAAAAUGCAUAGAUGGAGGCCAAAAAGUUGAGGCUACUGCGGUGGAGCUUUCUAGCGAAGAAUUAGCCAGAAUGAAGGAUGUCGAAGACAGUUUGGACCAGCUCACAAAACUUACGGUGGCGAUUCGAAAAGCCGGAACCCGGUCCCGACUUCAAAAGGCAGACAGUUCAUUCGAUCCCAACAGUCCCCAAAUUUGUUCCCUGCGCCGACACCUUGAAAUCCUCCUCCUGAUACACCCCGACAAGCAUGGAACAUCGGAUUCAAGCAAACAACAGCUUGACCCAGCAAGAUUGACCCGGAUUCAAUUACGGAUGAUCGAAGCUAACUUAACACGGCGAAAUCGUUUUAUAUACUCACAGAAACAUGCUCAGAAGCUAGGAAUCACUUCCAGACACCGAAUUAACAAAUUAGAUGAGAAAUCAGCAUUGAUGAAGCAGACGUGUUCGGAAGUUGACGAGACAGCUUCCCUUUCACAAGGAGAGAGGACAGAUAUAAAAGAUGACCUACAUGCUCAAUCUACGACAACUGCCACGCUGGUGGACGAAGCAAUUGUGAUUCAACCGAAGCAGAUAACCGGGCCUACAACGACAGUCGUGAAGCAUCUGAUGGGAGAUAUUUUACCGUACACAUGUAUUUUCGAGGACUGUCCUGAGACUAACACGUUCUAUAUGAGUAAAGAAACUUGGUUAAGCCACAUGGAGAAAGAGCAUUGGGGCAUAGAGCAGUGGGAAUGUCGUGCAUGCUCCCAGAAGAACAUAUAUGCCACUUUCAGGGAAUCGAGCCACUUCACAGCACAUAUUGAACAGCAGCAUAGCAAGGGGAUUAAGCCACAGCAGAUACCUAUGCUACGCUUAGCAUGGCGGCGUAAAGUGCCUCUGAAAGUUUCCGCCUGUCCACUUUGCUGCUUUGAGAGUGAUGACCAAAACGCCCUGCUUGACCACGCGGCUGAGCAUAUUCACUCCUUUUCACUGAGGUCUUUGCCAUGGGCACCGAGAGAAGGCUUUGAAGGAACUGAUGAUAAGGGGGAGGGGGACGAAGAAGAAUUCGGGGCUUUUUUCAACCAGCAUUCCUACUUUGACGUUGACAGCUGCCGGUCCGAGGUCCUGUCGACUUCUUCUGAAGGGUCAGCCCUGGCCACGAAGCCGGGGAGCAUUGCUGGCUCAGAUUCCAGAGCACCAGCAAAUUCUAUGCACGAGGAACAAAAACAACAACUUACAGAGGAUCUUCUCGAACAAGUCCCGCAUGGAAUAUUAGGGCAGUCAGGUACAGGCGAUUGGUUACAAAUUCUGGAUAACGAUCCAGAGGAACCGAAUCCGUUACCAAUGCCCUACGACCCAGAUUUGCCCCCGCUAUCAGCGACGGACGAGAAGGUUCUGCCAGGUGAAAGCAUUUCAACCUCUGCCAGGAUGAUGGAGCUGCGUCUUGACCCGCGGGCAAAUGAUGCUGCAAUAACCGAAGAGGUCGUGAAGGCGGCUGGAAAUAUAUACAAUGGCCGAGAAAUUAUGGCACUGCUUCUCGACCAGCUGGGGGACGAGAUCAACAUCACGGAAGAGGUGGUGAAGGCUGCAGCUGGAAAUAUGAUGACCGGCAAAGAAGUGAUGGCACUGCUUCUCGAGCGGCGGGGGGGACGAUAUCACUAUCACUGA